UUAUAUAAUUCAUAGAAUUUUUAUUUUUCGAUUUAAACAAUUUUGUUUUUGAUUUAAUCGAUGUUUUCUAAAAGAUCGAAAAAAAUCUAUGCAUUAUGUCUUUCUCUCUGGCUUUUAAGAUUAAUUCCAAGUGCGCUGGAAUAUAUCUACAGCAAUCAAUCUUUUGGCGUUACUCAUCUUUUUAUAAUAAGGUCUUUGCAUUUGCGAACAGACGCCGGGUCGCAACUAAAGCUUUACCUAUGUGUCCACUACACGACUGAAACUAACUUUGGUACGAAUAUCUAACAAAAACGAGGGAAACUAAAACUAAAGCUAAAACUGAGAAACAAAAAACGAAACGACAGACAGAGAAAUUAGUACUUUCCAAUAUUUACAUACAUAUACAUAAGUCUGCACCAAAAUUUGCACGAGAACGGAAAAGGAGAUGCUAUUCUUUUAUAAGUAAAUAUCGUACAUGGAUGUUAGAUGUCUAAGCAAUUGUUCCUCGGUGUUGUGCUAUCCUCCACCAGUGCGCCGGUUUUUUAUCGCCAAUCUUAGUAGCUGUAACACUGAGUUUUUGAGUUUUUACAUAUAUAUUGUAUUUGUAUUUUGUAUUUCGAAGAGCCACGAAUGUUUUUAAAACACUCAAAUACAUACUCGGGAGUCCUGGACUCAACACAACUAGUUCAAGCAACAAUGUAACAGAGACAAGGAAGACAAGGAGCAAAUGUGGCCAAGAGAGUUCGCACUGUUAUAUUGUUUUCCCUUUUUAUAUAGACAAUUUACUAGGUGUCCGAAUCUGAAUUAUGCGCAUGUAUCGAGGUAUAUUUAUAUUUGAAUAUGUGUAUAUAUAUGUAAUUGAUGUUUGAGCACCCACAAAUAACGUAAAUACUUGGUACGUGUGUGUUUUAUCGUCUAUUGUCUGACUGCAAAAUGUUUGGAUAUACUUUAAACGGAAACCGGAAACGGAUCUGAAAUGCGAAGGAAACAUUGUCCCCACACACACACACACACACACACACCAUAUUGCAAACCAAAUAAAGUGUAAACUAAUUGCCGUUGUAAAGACUGUCUUCGAUUCAAUGUCAAUCCCAGCGGGCUCUCCUUUCAGUUUGAUAGCCAAGUUUUCUGGGGGCAGCCACGUUCUGAAAAUAAUUUUUGUUCAAAAAACACUUUGAUCAUGGCUGACUCGCCGGAGGAGCGAAGGAGCAAAGAGGUGGCGCCCGUUGCGGCUCCGACCAAGGAAGCGGAACCGGGCAAGGGUAAGAAGGAGAAGAAGGACAAAUCGGCGGCCGAGGGAAAGGAUAAGGCGGCCAAGGGCGAGAAGCAGCAGCUGAGCAACAGCCAGCGCGGAUCGCUGACCAAGUCGCAUAUAGGCGUGGCGGCUCCCAUGGGCAUGGGUGCUGCCCCAGUCGCCAAGCCAACAAUGCGAUAUAUGCCCACGUACCGCCUGGAGUCUAAGAAUCCGCUGAACAAGGAGCGCGUAGAGAACAUCAUCAAGGCGGUGAUGAACAGGCACUACAACGACGAGUACAUGUUCCAUCCCAAGCACUCUCUGCACAUGGCGGCGCAGGUCAGCGAGGAGAUCAAAAACCGUAUCAAGCUCAACAACUACGACAGAUAUCGCUACAUAGUGCUGGUCACCGUGGGCGAAUUUCUGAUGCAGGGCCUCUAUUCCAUGGUCAACUUCUUGUGGGAUGCCGAGAAGGACGGAUUCGUGACCUACAGAGUGGAGAGGCCGUCCUACUUUGCAGUCUGCACCACGUUUUACCUGUACUACGAUUGAGAACGGGCAACUCUUGGUGUCUUCUAGUUGUUAUUAAAAUUUAAGUUAAUGUUAA